AUGGCUCUUUUACCGUCCUUGUUUGGCAACGGCCUGCCAAAGUACAAGUACACGCCGAUCGCGCCGGGCGCGCGCACCUUUCGCCUAGCCAAGCUCCUGCCGCCCGAGCCGUCCUUGCUUCCGGGUCUUGAGCCCACGGUCCGAAUCACCCUGAUUGAGUGCUCCGCAGGCAACGGCGGCGGCGGCGGCGACGACGACGACGACACCGCCGCAUCCGUCGAAUACGAUGCGCUCUCGUACGCAUGGGACGUGCCGGCCAACGUGAAGCGGCCGAACCGGCGCAUCAUGGUCGAGGCUGGCGACAAUGGCGGCGGGGGCGGGGGCGGCGGGGGCGGGCGCUCCUACCUGUUUAUACACCGUCCGCUGGAGCUCGCCCUGCUGCGCUUCGCCGCCGCCAACGACGCCCAGCAGACCGGCUCGGGGCCCAAGUACGAGCUCCCCCUCUUCAUCGACCAGAUCUGCAUCGACCAGGACAAUGACGAUGAAAAGGCGCAGCAGGUGGCCCUCAUGCAAGCCAUUUACGCACACGCCCGCCGCGCCGUCAUCUGGCUAGGUCCCGGCGACGCCGCCUCGGACCGCUGGUUCGCAUACGUCCGCGACCUCUGCGGCGAGGGCGUCCUCGGCCCCGUCAUGGCCCUGCCGGCCGCCACUCUGCAGCGCAUCUACGACGCCGUCGUCGAGAAUCCGCCCGCCACCAUACUCGACGACCCUGUGGAGGCGCGGCACCGCGACGACCUGGCGGCGGUGACGGGCCGCUUCGCCUCGCAAUACCCCAUCGCGCCGUGCCUUGCCGUGCUGCGCCGCGCGUGGUUCACGCGGCUGUGGACGAUCCAGGAGGCGUGUCUCGCGCCGGCCGCGGUGAUUGCCUGCGGCGACGCGCUCCUCUGCUUCGACUGCUUCCGCGCCGGCAUGUUCUUUUACACGCUGCAGAACAACUACUGGCUGUAUCGCGUCGUUGGGCCGCUGCCGCGCGCCGAGGUGGCCCUCCGCGCCGCCGUCUUUGAGGCCCUGGAGGGCUUCAAGCGCAUCUUUCAGGAGCGCAAAGCCAUCCACGAGCACCGCCGCCGCGCGCCGCUGCACGAGCUCGUCAUCAAGCACAACAUGGUCAAUGAGAUGAAGUGGAAGGUCGUCGGCGCGUCGCUCGCGCAGGACCGCAUAUACGGCCUGAUGGGGCUCGCGGAGCCCGACGACCCCGUCGCCGCGCGGCUGGGCAUCUACUACGACGGCACGAACCAGGCCGAGGCGCAGAUUCGAGCGUACACGGAAGCGACGGGCCUGUUCCUGGAGCACGGCAACAUGGACGUGCUGCUGCUGAACCGGGCGGCGGCUUCGAAGACGAUACGGGGCCUGCCGUCGUGGGUGCCCGACUGGGCGCACGACCUGGUGCUGCCUUUGACGUGGGAGGCUCUGGAGCAGCCCGUGUUUGCCGCCGGGGGACCCCGAGCUGCUUCGUCGGCCAAGGCUGAUGCGGCGGCGGGAAAGAUUACCAUCAAAGGUGUCCUGAUUGGCCGGGUCGCCGCCACUGGCCAGGCGACGUACACACGGAGCGAAAGGGCGUGGGUCCAGGAUCAGGUCAACUACGACGAUGCCAAGCUCAUGUUUGACGAGGUCGAUGCCUUUGUCCAAGCUGCCCUCGCGCACGACGACGACGACGACGACGACGACGCCGCCGCCGGCGCUGCGCCCCCUUCACCCGAAGCCCUCGCGCACACCAGCCUUCGCGUCUACGACUCGGGCCUCAGCGCCCGCCACCUCGCCGCCCGCUACCCUUCCCCCCACGCCUCCACGCAGCGUCACAUGGUCCUCCAGUCCGCCAUCUCGGUCCUCGGCGGACGGCUCCUCCGCUCCGCCGCCACUGCGCGCUCCUUUUCCCUCGUCAACAUCUACGCCACCGUAGGCGUCACGCCCUGGUACGUCGACUACUACAGCGCCACGGCUGUCCUGCAGCACCUCGCGCGAGGACCCAUUUCCCUCGCACGCACCAUUGUCCUCGCGCUCGCCGACUUGCUCGCCGACGUCGUCGGGUUGUGCGCCGCGUCGGCGCGCAUGUGGCUCGCGACGAAGGGCAUUAGUAGUAGUGGUGGUAGUAGUUAUGCCCUGUGGCGCCCGUUUAGUAGCCAGGCGCGACGGCUGUAUGAGCCGGACGCGCAUUAUCGCAGAAUCGGGCUCGAUCCGGAGGUGAUGCGCAGCAAGGACAUGCUGGCAUUUCUGUCCAGCCUCGAGCGCCACGCUGGGCGGCGCGUGUUUCGGACGCGUGAGGGACACGUCGGCAUGGGGCCGGGCGAGACGCGGCCGGAAGAUGUCGUCGUGGUGCUCUACGGCAUGACGGCUCCGAUUGUGCUGCGGCCCGUCGAGACAAGCACCGAACCGAUGUGGACGGUGGUGGGCGAGGCGUAUUGCGAUGGGGUUAUGGAUGGUGAGGCGUUGGGGAUGAAUGAAGGAGAGUUUGUCCUAAUUUAG